AUGCCUCUCAGGAUAAGGCCAAAGAGGGGUGGAGCAGCCGACAGCUCUCCCAGCGAGGACAGCCGCGAGGAGAUGAAGGCCAGUGAGGGUGAUGAGGUGGAAGGUGAGGUGAGCGGUGCCAAGCCUUGCCUCACACUGGGAACAGGCUUUGUGUGGGAAGUUCCCGACACGCCGAAGUUCAUGGACUCCUCAGACGGUGAGGACCAAGACGUGCCAAAGAAGAAAGAGAGGAGAAUGCGGAAGUCAGAAAUAAUAGCCCAGUCCAAGGAGGAGGAGCAACAGUUCUCAUGGCUGGAGGAGGGGCGGGCGCUCGCCACAGUCAGCCAUGGACUUUGAGGCCAUGCUCCAGGGUAGUCCAAACUCAUCAGCCGUGUGGAUACAGUUCAUCAGUUUCCACCUUGAGGUACUAAUGCAAGAGUUAGCCGGCACUGUCUUUCCUUUCAUGAGUAAAAAAAAAUUAGAAUUUGCUACAGCUCAUCAGUUUCCAGUUUCCACCUUGAGGUACAGCUUCCCAAUGCAAGAGUCCAUGUAGCUGUCCAGUCUACUCUUAAAACAAGCUAUCGUCCCUGCACUAACUAUGUGAUUGCUGAGUCUAUUCCAU